AUGGUCCCUAACGGGUCGUGGUCGUUGUCGGCGGAGAUAAACGAGACCACCACCGAGAACUCCCACAUCCUUACCACCACAAUAUGGGAUUUCGAUCGACCACCUCCGAUCAAACAUGUUGGUCUGUUGCUGAUCGUGAUCCCGAUGGUCACGAUUCUCGGCAAUCUACUCGUCAUCAUAUCUGUGCUGCGAUAUCGAGCUCUACAAACCGCGAUCAACUUUCUGAUUCUCGGACUCGCCGUAGCCGACCUGCUAGUCGCACUGUUCGUCAUGCCAUACGCGUCUAUGUCCAUGUGA